UUUUGGCUUUUCGUGAUAUAAAAAGAGCUGAUGGGCCACUGACCAAGUCAUCACAGGUGAGCGCAACUGAAGUCCACUCUCAAUUACCUUCGCAAGGCCGUUAGGACCAAGAUAGUGUAGUAGGAAUGAUGAUCUUCCUAUCCUCUGUUAUAUUCACACUAAUGCUGUUCUCUGAGUUUAACACCGGCUCGGUCGUCUUUGCUGUACAGACAGGCAAGCUGGACGAGGGUAGGACAGAGCAGGAGAGCCUGCGAUCGAUACUAGGCGAAGACACAAUGAGCGACAACACUCUGGCUGCCCCGAGGUUCAGACGGGAGCCCGUCCUGGACAACGGACUGGGCGACGAAGAGGACAACACAAAGUAUCUCAUCCUUUCACCUUCUGUCCCACAGGACAUUGGACUGAAAGGGCACACCAGACGUGGCAUGAACACAGCUUUCUCCCGAGCCCUUCCUGUCCUCCCCGACCGAGCCACAGAUCACUCUCCCGCUGAAUAUAGCCUGAAAGUAGAGCGCAGGGAGGCCGACCUUGAGAUGCUACGAUGCAUGAUCGGACGAGUGUAUCGACCCUGUUGGCAAGCAUAAGAGUUUGGUGGAUCCUACACUGCUGCCCUGCCGUCUGUCAAUCUCCUGCAAAAACAAAUAUGCUUUCCUUCUCUGUUCCAUGGUUUUACAACAUGUAUAAAAUCAAAUAACUAUUAAAAUGGUUUUGAAAUACAAUCGUACGCUUCAAUUCUGGG